AUGCCAGGGACACUCCUGCCCCCGAGAUCCCACCGGCAACACGCACAGAUGGAUCGAUCGUCGGCUUCCCGGCCAGAUUUGUAUCUGAUUGCCGAUCAGGAUACCGUGUACGAGCAAGAUCUCCUCCGAAACCCCGGCAGCAUCAAGCCAUGGCUUGCAUAUAUCGAAUACAAACAGCAAAAUGGAACUCUUUAUGAGCAGGCCUUCGUCAUGGAGCGCGCUUGCAAACAGCUCCCACGAUCCUACAAGCUUUGGAAGAUGUAUCUGGAAUUUCGGGCGACUCAUCUUCGAAAUCGCAAUGCGACAAAAUAUCGAGCGGAGUUCCAGAAGGUCAAUGCGCUCUUUGAGCGUGCCUUGAUUCUACUCAACAAGAUGCCCCGAAUAUGGGAAAUGUAUCUUUCCUUUAUGCUUCAGCAACCGCUCGUUACGCAAACGAGGAGGACAUUUGACCGAGCACUACGGGCACUGCCAGUUACUCAACAUAACCGGAUCUGGAAAUUAUACAAGAAUUUCGCGCGAUCCGCCUCAGGUCAGACGGCCGUGAAAAUCUGGGCUCGCUAUAUGCAAAUACACCCCGAAAACGCAGAAGAUUAUGUUAACUUGCUUGUCGAGAUGGGCCAGUAUACGGAGGCUGUGAAGCGAUACAUGGAAAUUCUCGACAACCCUAGGUUCCAGUCUAAAGAGGGGAAGAGUAACUUCCAGCUGUGGACUGAGAUGGUUGACUUGCUUGUCUCUAAAGCAAAGAAAAUAGAGACAGGUCCGCAGACCGGGAUCGAUGUGGACGCGAUUCUCCGCAGCGGUAUUGAUCGAUUUGCCGACCAAAGGGGCAAAUUAUGGGCUGGAUUAGCGACUUACUGGAUUACGAAGGGCAAUUUCGAGAAGGCGCGAGACGUCUUCGAGGAAGGUAUUACGACCGUCAUGACAGUGCGUGAUUUCACACUUGUCUUCGAUUCCUACGUCGAAUUCGAAGAAUCCAUCAUUGGCAAUUUGAUGGAAGCGGCGGCCGCUCGAACCGACAAUGGCCAGGCCGACGAAGAGGCCGAUUUCGAUCUUGAUCUGCGCAUGCUCAGGUUCGAGCAGCUAAUGGACCGGCGACCGUUCCUAGUCAAUGAUGUGCUUCUCAGGCAAAACCCCAAUAAUGUCAUUGAAUGGGAGAAGCGAGUGGCACUUUGGGGAGACAACAACGUGGAAAUUGUCCAGACAUAUACGGCAGCUAUUGCUGCCAUCAAUCCUAAGAAGGCAGUUGGCAAGUUUUCUGAACUCUGGGUGAACUACGCCAAGUUCUAUGAGCGCGGAGGAGACUUGGGAACCGCACGUGUCAUCUUUGAAAAAGCUGUCAAGGUUCCUUUCAAAUCAGUCGCAGAGCUUGCAGAAACGUGGUGCGAAUUUGCAGAGAUGGAGUUGCGCGGCGAAAACUUUGAUCAAGCGGUUGAGAUCAUGGCCAAAGCAACGCAGGCCCCAAAGAAGUCGACUGUCGACUAUUUUGAUGAGACCCUCUCCCCUCAACAGCGAGUUCAUAAGAGUUGGAAGCUGUGGAGUUUCUACGUGGAUUUGGUAGAAAGUGUGUCAUCCAUAGAAGAGACGAAAAAGGUGUACGAGAGAAUCUUCGAAUUACGCAUCGCCACCCCUCAGACAGUUGUCAACUUCGCCAAUCUCCUGGAAGAGCACAAGUACUUUGAGGACUCCUUCAAGGUCUACGAGCGAGGACUGGAUCUCUUCACAUACCCAGUUGCUUUUGAGCUUUGGAACCUUUAUCUGACCAAGGCUGUUGACCGGAAGAUCGGCAUCGAACGACUCAGGGAUUUGUUUGAGCAGGCAGUCGAUGGCUGUCCUCCAAAGUUCGCCAAACCCUUGUAUUUGAUGUACGGUAACUUGGAAGAAGAGCGAGGUCUGGCGCGCCACGCCAUGAGAAUUUACGAGCGUGCCACUCGAGCAGUCUCUGAUGAGGAUCGUUUCGAAAUGUUCGAGUUCUACAUUACCAAGUCCGCGUCCAACUUCGGAUUGACAUCUACUCGGCCAAUCUAUGAGCGGGCUAUUGCUGCUCUGCCUGACCAGGAAGCAAAGGAAAUGUGCCUCAAAUUCGCAGAAAUGGAGAGGAGGCUGGGCGAAAUCGAUCGUGCACGUGCUAUCUACGGACAUGCGUCCCAAUUCUGCGACCCACGCACAAAUGCUCCGUUCUGGCAGAAAUGGGAAGCCUUCGAAGUCCAGCAUGGAAACGAGGAUACUUUUAAAGAAAUGCUCCGCAUUAAGCGAAGUGUUCAGGCCCAGUACAACACUGAUGUCAACUUCAUUGCUUCCCAGGCUAUCGCCCGCAGCCAACAAAAGGCCCCAGAAAAUGGCACAGGGGAGCCAACAGAACAGGGAGAAGAAAUGGAUACAUCAACAGCAGAUGCCAUGGCCGCCCUGGAACGGCAAGCUCGUGCCCCGAUUGGCUUCGUCGCAGCCAGUAGCGGUCCUGAAGGCGGCAACCGGGCACCUCCUGCGGAGCAAGCCUCUGCGGCCGCUGCCACUGUUAACCCCGACGCGAUCGAUCUCGACGACGAUAUGGAUGCUGACUAG